AAUAUUUUACGAAGGGACCCCAAAAGAAUUAUUAUCUCGGCCUCCCGAAAUUGCUUGCUCCCGCCUCUGGCUUUCUGAGUCGACCGCACGACGCUCGCUCCGCUGCAGUUCUCAUCUUCUUUCUCGGCAGUUAGCAACUCAACGAUUUACCAGAAUGUUUGACGAUCAAGAUCUUGGCUUCUUUGCAAAUUUUCUUGGGAUCUUUAUAUUUAUAUUGGUAAUAGCAUUUCACUAUGUGAUGGCCGAUCCAAAAUAUGAAGGCAACUAAAUCAUUUCCCCGAAUUUUCUUCACCAUGGAGACAGCUUCCGAAAAUGAGUAUAACUUGAUGGACUUUACACAAACACCAUUUUGGAUCGCCGUUGUUGGUUUGCAUUAUCUACUCUUCCUUUUGCUAUACUUUCACUAGAUCAAAAUGUUACUGUUUUUCAUAGUAUAGAUGUUAAUAUUGCUCGACGGUGAUGACAUUGUUAUCUUCACAAAUGAAGCCUUAUUUCAUGCUGCUGCCAGAUAUUUUAGUGUUUUUAUAAUAAUAACUCUAAGUUAGUACUCUUUCUUUUUGUUGCUUA